GCCUCUGAGCUGAGGGAAGUGAUGGAGGCAGAAAUGAGGACUCAGCUUCGCCGUCAGGCAGCUGCUCACACAGACCAUGUUCGAGAUGUUCUUAAAGUCCAGGAGCAGGAGCUGAAGGCUGAGGCUGAACAGGACCUGAGCAGUAAGAUGAUGGAACAGGAGACACGUUACCGCCAGCUGACUCAGGAGCAGCUGGAUAACUUCACUCUGGACAUGAAUGCUGCCUAUGCAAGGCUGAAGGGGAUCGAGGAGGCCAUAGACAGUCACGUGGUGGCAGAGGAGGAGGCCCGUCGAGCGCACCAGCUCUGGCUCUCUGUGGAAGCUCUGGGCUACACCCUGAAGACCGCCGGCGCCGAGUCCCCCAGCGCCCCUCUGGAGGACGCCGCUCAGGCCGUGAGAGCCAGCUGCGGCGAGGACGCCUUCGCCUCGGCCCUGGCGUCCGCUCUGCCCGAAGAGUCUCUGCGGCGCGGCGUGUACAGCGAAGCCUCCCUGCGGGCCCGCUUCAACGCCCUGCGAGGGCUCGCCCGCAGGGUGGCCCUGGUAGACGAGUCCCACAACUCUCUGUACCAGUACUUCCUGUCCUACGUCCAGGCUGCGCUGCUGUUUGAGGAUCAGCAGGAGGCCCCGCCCAGCCAGCUGAGCAGGGAGGAUCUAGACCCCUUUAAGCUGCUGUCCUACGCCAGCUACUGCCUGGAGCACGGAGACCUGGAGCUGGCUGCUAAACUGGUGAACCAGCUGCAGGGAGAGGCCCGCAGGGUGGCCGAGGACUGGCUCACUGAGGCCAGGCUGACUCUGGAGACCAGGCAGGUGGUCAGUCUGCUGUCAGCCUACGCCAACGCCGUGGGCUUAGGAACCACCCAGGCUCCAUGAGCCGGGCCGGAGCCCAGCCCCACAGGGAGCAGUCAGGUUUGUGCAGGAAGGCAGCGGCAGGAUUGUGUAGCUUGUUAACCAACAGGACCCACACGUCAGGCUAAAUUUAUUCUUGUGUUAAAUUAUGUGUAAUGUUGUGAAUACUGCAGAUGGUUAAUAAAUCACCAAGAACUAU